AUGUCCGAUUCUCCGUCAAACUCACUUCACUCUAACGCGGCACAGUCACAACAAGACCAAGUUCCGCGUGCUAUGAUGCAUACUUUUAUGAUUCAGGGUGCGAAAAUGGUCGAGUGCGACCAACAGCUCGUGCCGUCCAAGUCUCCCUCGUCUGCACUCACGCAACCUCUCACUCCAAACAAUUCACUUCGCACACAAACAACACCCAGAAAUAGUCUAACAAGAUAUAGUCCAGUAAAACAUAAUCAACCAGAACAUAAUAGCCUAACAGAGCAUACUCCAACAAAACAUAAUAGCCCAACAAAAGGCAGUCCUGCAAGACAAAGCCCUGCAAGACAAAGUCCCGCAAAACACAGUCCCAUGGCAGAACUACCACCGUCGAAUUUCGACGUAACUUUGGCAGUGAAAACUGGCGUACUAACGAUGGAAGACGUUUUAGACAAGGGUUCUCCGUUCCAGCAGCAACAAAACGAGAUUCGCAAAAGAAAGCGCGACAGUAUCGAUAAAGAUAAACCAACCCGAGAAAGAUUAUCAGUCAACAUUGAGGAUAUUGAAAAUACCACGCCCACAUCGCCAUUAUCCGGCAAGCAAAUGAAACGCACGCGAACUACGCCUUCACCAAAAAUCAAAAGUCCUGGAAGCAUACGACGUGGUAAAUAUCUCCCAUCAAACUUGAGCACACAUCAAGACCCAAAGAAGAAACCGGGAUUUUCAUAUGCGUCAUUAAUCGGCCAAGCUAUCUUACAGUCACCGACGCGUAGACUCACGCUAGCAGAAAUUUACGAAUGGAUUGCCAAGACAUAUCCGUAUUACAGAGUUGCCGGUCCUGGUUGGCAGAAUUCGAUUCGUCACAAUCUCUCGCUAAAUAAGAGUUUCGUUCGCAUAGAGAAACCUUCGUCCGAACCCGGGAAGGGUUCUCAUUGGACAAUUAAGUCUGGAGAAGAAGAUCGAUUUAUAGGUGGAACGUACCGGCAGCGGAAAAACGGUAUGCGUGGCCGAAGUCAAGGAAACCAAGAAGCAGACUCGCAAGAACUCGAAACGCACGAUUCACUAAAUGAAGAUGAGCUGGCUGCUUUGGCCGGUUUGGAUAUGGUUUCCGACAUGUUCAGUGAGGGCAAUUCUGAGGUUGGUUUGGAGACGUCAUUGGACCUCAGGCCGGAUCAAGUCAACGCGUUAUGGAAGAAGCUUGCGAACGCGGCAAAGAAUAAUAAGUCAUCCGAUAACGACAUAUCCGCAGCAGUAGACUCGUAUGAUGAACACGAUCUUUUUCCCUUUGAUCUAGAUAUAAUUGAAGAACCGAAUGACGAACAGAUAGUAUUUGAAGACCUGUGUGCUCAAUUAGAGCAGAACAUUCAAGAACAGAAUGAUACUAAUGUUGACGACAUGAAUGGUGCCUUUACACCGACCAACACAAACGAGCUCGAGUUGGGUUCGCUUGACUCACUCUGGGAUCAAUACUUUUCGAAUAAUGAUAAAAGUCAGGCAGAUGAUUCUGAUGUGAUACCGUUUGAUUUGACUGCUGACCUUGCCCCAGAAGAAGUUAAUGCCCUAUGGGAUCAGUAUUUUGCCAUUUGUGAAGAGACAGACAAUAAUCGGACGAUUAAUACUGUCAACAUCGAAAGACAGAAUGAACAAGACAAGGUCGAAGGACAAAAUACUGUAACUGGACCGUUACAAGAGGGCACAUCUCAAGGAGAAUGUGGUCCUCUUAGAACAGAUGAUGACACUCUUUGGUUACAAUAUCUUUCUCUAGCUUCUUUUUCGGAUUCAUUGUCUCCCGUUAUCUGCUCCUUAUUGCCUCUUAUCUAA